CAAACUGCAGUGUCAGUGUCGGAGAAGCAGCAGCACAACGUCUGCGUUAAUGUGUGUUUUUAUUUAAGUUUGGACUCAUUAUCAGAUUAAAAACCCUGAGGAAAUCAAACUAUAAACAGGAUGGCUGAUCCAGGCUCAGGUGACUCUGGUAGUCAGCGUGUACCGGGGCCUGGAGGGACCAGUGCAGGACUCCUGAUGGGCCGCAGACCGGCGUCCUCUGUCGCACCACGUCUCCCCUCUAUGCGAUCACGGGACCUCACCCUGGGGGGAGUGAAAAAGAAAACAUUCACACCCAACAUCAUUGGCCGAAAAGCCAAAGAAGAAACCAAAGCUGAAGGCGGGCAAAGGAGAGAGAGGAGGGAUGAUCGAGGUCGAGGCCGAGGAGAGCGAGGCAGGGGCCGAGGUCGUCCAGAGGUCAUCCAGUCCCACUCUAUUUUCGAGCAGGGGCCCGCGGAGAUGACGAUGAAGAAGAGAGGCGGUUACGAGAAUGAGCGAGAGGCUGCGACAGUGGGACCCUCGCCCAUCAUUAAUAUUAAAAAAGAGAAGAGGGAGACUGAAGAAGAGACCAAAGAGAUCCUGCGCAGUCUGGAUAGAGAAAACUUUGUCAACGAUCCCUUCCUGAGGAGUGAAAGGAGGAGCUGCCCCGUCCAGCUUCCCCUCGCUGUGUCGGGAUGGGGCUUCACGGAGGAAUUCAGUAAUGAAGAAGUUAAAGAUGAGAAAAUGGAGGAGGAGGAUUGUGAAGUCACGGAGUCCACGGUCAAAGUCAAACAGGAGCCAGAGGAAAUAGACAUAAAGAAAACAGAGGGCGCUUAUAAACCUCCUCCCCUCCCUGAGCCUGAAGUUCUGUCCGAGCUGAUGCAUCGAUGGAGCCUGAGUAAAGGGGAGGAGCUUUUCUUUAUCCAGCUGCCCGACUCGCUGCCUGGUCAACCGCCGACCCAGGAGCACAGGCCGGUGAAGACGGAGGUGAAGUCAGAGGACGGACAGGCUGUGCUGCUGAAGACAGAGACUCAGGAAGAGGAAACUGAAGAGAACAGCUGUAACCUGAAAGACCUGCGGGAGGGUCUCGUUGGAAAGAUGCUGGUGAGGAAGUCUGGACGAGUGCAGCUCAUCCUCGGACAAGUGACGCUCGACGUGUCUCUGGGAGCAACGUGUUCUUUCUUUCAGGAGCUCGUCUCCGUGGGUGCGGAGGAAAGAACAGGCGACCUCACCGUGUUGGGAAACAUCAAACACAAAAUGGUUUGCUCCCCGGAUUUCGAGGCUCUCCUGGAGAGCAGCGCUUGACGCGCGCGACAGCAGCACAACCUCUAAACACUGGAGGCCGAGACACACACGACACACAGAGGCACUCAGUGUUGUGGUGGGUUGUGUUGUUGUUGACCUGAUACUCACUGUUACUGUAGACUCUCCUUCUCUGGACUGUUGAUUGUGCUUCUGUGUGCCAUAUUUCAAUACUGGAUUAAUUUCUCUGUGUUGAGAGAACGAUGCAAAAAGACUGUACAUGAAUGUAAAUGUGUGAAUAAUUUAUUUAUGUUGCUGUGAAAAAAAAAAA